GGAGCUCUCUGCGUGUUACUUCUUCCAUCAAUAAAGAUCUUCUAAGAUUGGUCAAGAGAUACGAUUUCAAGAACCAAGUCAGCCUCGCAUUCUAUGGUGUCUUAGUGCCUUUCAGGUUUCUGUCUUGGCCGAUAUUGGGUUUGGACUCAAUUGCCUGAUAGCUAUCUAUAGCUUCCCCCUCCAACCCAAGCCUUUAGCCAUUCCUUAGUAUGGCUCACGUUGUCGAGUUGCAAGGGGAGUCAAACCCCUUGACUCCACAGAAUGUUCUCAAUGUCUUGGCUCUCGCCGCGAGCUCGACGCAGCAGCAGGUGCAGACCGGAACUCAACAAUUACAGAACUGGGAAAAACAGGAGAAGUACUAUACCUUCCUUCAGGAUGUCUUCCUAGACCACUCCGUGCCCAUUGAAGUCCGUUAUCUUUCCAUCAUUCAAUUGAAGAACGGCAUCGAUAAGUAUUGGCGAAAGACCGCGACAAACGCCAUCAAAAAGGAAGAAAAGGAGCAGAUAAAGAACAGAGCCCUUCAUGCCGGCGUUGUGGAGCCUGCAGCCCUUCUAGCUUUGCAUAACGCAUUAAUGAUUUCUAAAAUCAUGCGCUAUGAGUUUCCCCAAGAUUGGCCCGAUGGAAUCACCUCACUUAUAGCCUUCCUACGUUCCUCGACUCAGCCCGGCGCCAACCCGCUGCAGUUGCCCCGAACUCUUAUAAUUAUCCUGCAGAUAAUCAAGGAGCUAUCAACGGCCCGAUUGCAAAGAACACGAGCCAACCUUCAGUCCAUUUCUCCAGAGAUAUUUCAUCUCCUGGGAAGUAUAUAUGUGGAUAAAGUGAAUAAGUGGGCUUCGCUUUUAGAGCAUGGUGUUACUGACGAAGGGACAUUGUUGGAAAACCUUGAACAAAGUCUAGUAUCUCUCAAGGUCAUUCGUCGCCUUGUGAUUGCUGGAUACGAACACCCUAAUCGUCAUAAUGAAGUUAAAGACUUUUGGCUCCUGACUCAUUCUCACUUCAGUCGAUUCCUUCAAUUUGUCAGCGGCUCUGUCAGUGUACCGGAAAAUGUGCAGAAGGCGAUCGAGAAACAUCUUUUGCAGUUAUCAAAGCUCCAUGUCGAGAUGGCCAAAGACCGGGCUGCCUCUUUUGCAUUGCUACCGGAGAGUAUUCCCCUUGUCCACUCAUAUUGGAGUCUAGUGGUUAAAUUAGGGGAGAGCUACGGGCAGCUGGGUGAAGGUGGUGAACAAGAUGGAAAGUCACUGAUGGAGAAAACUGGACUGAAAGCCCUCCUUCUGAUAAGAGCUUGCUCUAAGAUGGCAUUUAACCCUGCGCAAACUUUCAAGUACCAAACUCCCGAAGAUAAGGAGGAGAAAAAACAGUCUAUCGAGCUUAUCAAGUCCGAACUGUUUACCCAUGACUUUGUGGUCAAUGUCAUGGAAUUGCUUGUCACACAGUUCUUCAAGUUCAGAAAAAGCGAUUUCCAAGAAUGGGAGGAAGAGCCUGAAGAGUGGGAACGGAAAGAAGAGGAUGUUGCUGACGCUUGGGAAUUUUCUAUUCGAUCAUGCUCGGAAAAGCUUUUCCUUGACUUGGUCAUUCAUUUCAGAGAUCUGCUAAUUCCUCGACUCUUAACCGUCUUCUAUAACUUUGCAAGUCCUGAAAAUCAUGAUGUGUUAUUGAAAGAUUCACUAUACUCAGCGAUUGGGUUGGCGGCUGCAAGCCUGGAGCAGCAUCUGGAUUUCAACAAAUUCUUAGAGGCAACUCUCGUCCCGGAGGUACAGAUUCAAGAGCAAGGCUAUAAUCUCUUAAGACGGAGGAUUACAAUCCUUUUGGGCCAGUGGGUCCCGGUCAAGUCGAGCGAGCUGAACAAGGAUGCCAUUUAUCAGAUCUUCCAGCAUCUUCUUAGCAAGCAAGACCCGUUGAAUGACUUGGUGGUCCGCAUAACAGCUGGAAGACAAUUAAAACACGUGCUUGAUCCUUUCGAGUUCUCCCCCGCCGGAUUUAUGCCCUAUGCUCCCUCCAUCCUCCAAGAUUUGAUGUCCUUGGUUCAAGAGGUUGAGCUCUCUGAAACUAAGAUGGGGCUUUUGGAUACAGUCAGAAUGGCUGUAAUCAAGAUGGAAGAUCAUAUUACCCCGUUUUCAGAUCAGAUCCUGUCGUUGUUGCCCCCGCUAUGGGAGGGUUCUGGGGAGGAGCAUCUCAUGAAGCAGGCUAUUCUUACCUUAUUGUCAUCCUUGAUCAACUCUCUUAAGCAAGAAUCCGUGCGAUACCAUUCUCUCAUACUACCUCUCAUCCAAAACUCAGUGGAACCUGACUCUGAGACAUUGAUAUACCUACUAGACGAAGCACUAGAUCUUUGGGGUGCUAUUUUGACGCAAACACCGGCACCAGCUUCUCCAGAAAUUCUCUCUUUAAUCCCGUCCCUUCUUCCCAUUUUUGAAGCUGCCGUCGACAGUGUCCCGCAGGCCCUUCAAAUUGCAGAAUCUUAUGUCUAUCUUGCACCGCAAGAGGUGCUGAGCGACCGAGUACGACUUCCUCUCCUCGCUUCCCUCGAGACUCUUUUGAAAUCUACAACACGCCAGCGCCUCGGCGUCGUGCCACGCCUAGUCGAGUUGAUGAUACGUGGCACUGAGACCGUGGAUGGUGGUAGCGAGAAUUCAUACAAUGUCAUUACCCGAUCGCUCCUCGAUAGUUCUUUCCUACCAGCUCUCCUGGAAGGCCUCUACUCCGCCCACGAGGCCAGCCAAACCACCGGCCCCAAUAGAAAACAAACACCUGUAUACGGCGUCGUUGAGACGGACUACUUCUCCGUCCUUGCCCGCUUAGCCCUGGCACAUCCAAAGAUUUUCGCAUCGGCCGUUUCUGCCGCGACAGGGACAUCUGAAGAGCAGGCCCUUACCUGGAUCCUUACAGAAUGGUUCCUUCACUACGACAACAUUGGCAGCGUGACACAAAAGAAACUCCAUGCUCUUGCGCUUACCCAAUUGCUCAAUCUGAACGGCCCUGACACACAACCACCAUCGUACAUACUCAAGCACCUCCAAUCAUAUCUCAACAUAUGGACAGAUAUCGUUACCGAGCUCGCCGAAGGAACCGAAAGCGAAGGCGACCCGCGUGCUGGCGACCAUCUGAUAUACUGGAAUGCUGCAGAGACGGGCAAGUGGGACGAACACGAACCGCCCGAGAACGAGCGCCGGCGUCACUGGGACAAUUCAGACGUCCUUCACAAGAUUAACAUUCGCGAUUUCAUCCGGGAUCGACUGCGCUCUUUGAUUGUGGGAUGUGGUGGUGAACAGCGGUUUCAGGAAGAGUGGCUUCUUGACGUUGAUCGUGAUGUCGUUUCUGCGUUUGGGGCUCUCGGACUUUUCUGAUAUAUCUCCGAUAACUUGAACCUGAUUUUCUUAUUUGACACCUACGAGAUGGUCUGUUGCCACAGUAUACUACACUACACCUGCAUAUACACGCGGCCCCCGCUAUUUGCAGGAGAUUUAUGAUCAUAACUCCAGUCGGCAAAUUAGCACAAGUUUAUCCGAGUGAUAGGCCUGUGAUGCAUAUUAAAAU